UUUAGAAUAAGCGUAAAUAUGUACAGGGACAAAAGUCAUGGUGCAUUACCAAACACGAGAUAUUCGACGCUUGGAGGAGAUGGGAUGACAAGGUCUUCUUCAACCCUUAAUCUUGCUGCUAAUAAUACCUUAAGGAAUACCCUUGAUCUUCAUAAUAGGAGUCGAGCUGAUUGGGUUGCAGAAAAUUAUAAUUAUGAUCCUUAUGAGAAUAAACCUCCAACCAAUUAUCAAAUGAAGCAUGGAUCGAUGACAAUGAUGAAUCCUGAUUUUUCAAAAAGUGAAAAUCCUCAAAGGAACUUUAUUGGCAAUAAUACUUACGGAGAGAAGCCAAAUUUCUUGAGGCAAGUAUCAGAUCUUGAAACUCGAAUCAAAAACAACAGAGGACCAAAUACCCCUUGGAAGGUAGUCCCUUCAGUUCCACAGACAGUUGUACCGACAGCUGCUGGCCCAAUACCUUUGGGCAUCCCCAAUGGAGGAAUGCUUCCAUAUAGUGGAGGAUUUCCAUAUGGAGGGUAUGGAGGAUACUACAAUCCAAAUUAUUUACAUUCGACGAUUAAUAACAUGGGUGAAACAAACAAGCAGUUAAAAUAAUCAGCUAUUUUCUCACAAGGAAGCAAUUGGUGAACUUGAAGAGCAGGUAGACACAAUGGCUAGAGAAGGAACCAGAUUUGAAGAUAUAAUCCAUAAAUACAACCAAGAUCUUCAGACAGCUCGUGAACGGUAUACCCAACCAACAGCUUAUGGAGGAGGAAUAGCAGGUGUUGACACUGCAAACAUCCAGACAGGUGUGAGUACUGUAGAUCCUAGGAAAACCUUUAGAAGUGUUGGUGAUGUUAGUGAUCCCAGGAAAGGUUUCUUUAAAUGGGGAGAUGCAGAGACUGACAAUGUUCUACAUAAUAUAGCUAAUCAAGAGCAAGAACUUCUUAGAAUUAUCAGUAAUAUUCCAGAAAAUAGCCAGAUGUAUAAGACUAAAUCUGAGAAGCUCCAGAACGUAGUUAGAAAAAGAGUAGAACUUGAGAAGAUGCUCUACAAUAGAGCAGACUACGAUCAGUACUACAAAGAAAAAGUAAUUGAUGACCAGAAGAAAGAUAAUAUUGCUCAGUGGCUCAGAAGAGAUAUUAAUCUCUUUGAGAAAGAAGCUUCCUUCCAAAAAUUUAGAUCUGGAGAUGGAUUUUUAGUUUAUUGGGACUAUAUUCUUAACUUGCUCAAAGAAUUCAAGAAAGUUCAGAUUGUUUAUGGAAUUUACAACCGAGGAAGUACUGUGUUUGAGCCUCGUUUGGUUGAUCUCACUGAUAUAAACGAUACGACACAUCCAAAUUUUGCUCAAGUUAUUUUUGACAUCAACCACCUCGUAAGAGAUAUCGAACCUCACCCUGAUUCAUUACUUAUUUUUGAAGUUCAAGUUCCAGUUCAGAAAACAGCAGCGAUUGAAGACAAAAUGAAUAUUGGAGCAAACACGGGUUAUAGAUUAAGUACAAGAGCGAGAGAGGUCACAAAAAGAAAAUUUGAUGAGUUUGAGGACUUCAAUGAAGAGUCUCCAAAUAUGUUUCAGACUUAUGGAUGGUCAGUAAUUGAUUUAUUCAGUUACAAACAUGAUUUGAAAAGAGGAACUUAUAAAGUCCCUAUCUACAAACCUCCAACUAUUGUCAACUUAGAUGUGAGAGAUAUUCCUGCUUUAGAAAGAAUUCCGGACACAAUGGUUUGGCUUCGUGUUGCUUUUCCAAAGGAAGAUGAGUAUUCUGAAAUUCGUUGAGACCCGUCUAUCUAUCAUAUUUACUACAUCCCUGAAAUCCACAACUUUGCUCCAAAAAUUGACAUGUACGUCAAACCUGAAAGGGAUCCCAAUUAUGUAUGAGAAGGAAUUAAUGUCUAUGUGCAUUUCUGUAAGGGAAUACAAGCAGCAAGACAUGUCAGAGUUGCUACUUGUAUUCAGCUGGGUAAAAACAUUAUCCAAAUGGAGAAUGGAGCUCUUUGUUUCUAUGCCACUCAUGGUGUCAAACCAGAAGUAAAGGAAGUUGUAACUACAAAGGCAGCCAUUACUCCAAAAUCUAAAAACUCAGCCGUGAAAUCUAUCCUUAAGAACAACACAAUUGAGAUUCCAAGUCAUACCAUCUACUACGACAAUAUUGAAUUCAAUAAUGGGAAAGAGUUUUACAUGGACUUCUACAAACUUUUCUGGGAUGAAGAUCUCAAUGAGAACAUGUACGUUGUCAUCCAGUAUCUGGAGAGAAAGCAAGGAAUCAUCCCCACGGUAGAUGCUGUUAUUUCCAGGAAAUUGAUUGAGGAUGAAUAUGAUUGCCUAGGGUAUUCAGUCAUCCAGAUCAAUAACCCUGAUGGAACCAUUAGGUAUGGUACUUAUACACUAGAUUUGUAUAAUCCACCUAUUUAUGUUGAGGAGCUCGAUGAAACCCAAAGAACAACAGGAAUUUGCAAGGUAACUAUUGGAAGACCUGGAAUAGAAGUGGGUGCUACUAGAGCAGGAGCAAGUGUAAGACAGAGAACACCUCCAAUGCCUGGCAGUACAAGAAAGGUCCAGAUCAAUAAUACACCUCAAGUGAGUUCAGGUGGAGGAAGAACUCCUCGCUCUCGUAAGAAAAAGAAGAAAACUCGUCCCAUGAAAGAAGUGGAGACUCCAAACAAAGGAAAUGAUCCAUUUGAGAAUCCUCCUCAACCAGAAGAAGACAAAGAGGAGGAACCUUUUUAAGCCUUCUCCAGUGCCUCCAACUCCAAAGAGGAAGAAAAAGAGUCCUUUUACUCCUGGUAGUAGGGAUAUCCCCCCUGCAGAUAUUAUCAAAACUCCUUUGAACGAUUAUGGAAUUGCGAAUGCUUUGCAUGAUUCUGUAUUGGUUCUUCCUUCUAAGGGUAAGAAUCCUGAUGCUUUUAUACCAAAUGAGCAAAUUCAGUACAGAGUAGAAUCAUUCGGGGCAAACGAGGGUGUCGAUUUCUACAUUGAUUAUGCAAGGUUUCUGCCAGAUAAUACAACAGUGACAAAAUGAGUGAUGAGAGCAUUUAACUAUGACAUGGUUAGACUGAUUCAAAGAGCAGAAGGAGUGCCCGAUGUCAAUGAGAGUACAACCUAUAUCCCAUAUUUUGGUUUCAGGUAUGAAUUCAGAUUACCUAGAUAUGACCCCACUACAAUUGUUGCAAUCACUCUAGAAACAAUAGACAAAACAAGCCUUGAGGUCGUUUAUCUUGGACAUGCUUUCUUCCCACUAUUCUUAGACAAAGACUCUCGAAAACCUACAGCUGAUCCAUCUGCUCAAGACUUUAUUCUCCAGGAAGGGAAUUAUCAGAUACCUCUUUACUGUCAAACACCGCCUCUAAAUCCACCAUUCACGUUUGAUAUUCUAACUAAACUUGAAAAGAUACCAACUGCAUCUUUGCUUAUUAGAGUAAGAAAGGCAGCUACUUCAGAAGGCUACAAAGUCCUCAGCAUUAAAGAUGUCCCUAAUGAUCAGUGGGAGUCUCUUGGAUUAGUCGAAGCACCUCCAGAUUAUGGAGAGGAGAAAUACAACACAAGUUACUGCAAUGUCAAUAAUAGCGAACUUGCUACGUUCAAAGAGAGAGAAAGACGUCAUGAUCCUCAGUUCAGAGAUACUUGUAAAUAUCUUGCUCAAGUUUUGAACAUUCCUGGUCCCUCACAUCCUGAGUACACAGAUGAAUGGGUUGAAGAACUUAUCAAUUCUACAGAAGAAACAGAGUACCUGAAUAUGAACUAUUUUGCAACUUAUAAUAAAGAGCUUGGAUUCAAAAUUUCAGUAGAUGGGUUCCACAAUACGCCUCAUCCAAUCCCAUAUGGGUGUAUUGUUUCUUUGAACCCUCCAGGUUCGCUGUACACUAAAGAAAAUCCAGAAGACCUAAAAGACGUGAAUGUAGCAACAGCUCUUGAUUUCUCAUCUCCUUUGAGAUCUUUCCACCUGCUCGAUGGAUACUUUAACUUUAGAAAUGUGAGAGGAGUGCCAAACCUUGCUGCUGUCUUAGAUGUCAGGUCUAUUGAAUUUGUAUCUGGAAAUACCAAGAUUGUGGAAUCUGGCUGGACAGUAGUUCCAAUUUUCCUCCAAAGAGACAUGAAGCUAUACGUUAAGAGUGGAAUUUAUCAAGUUCCUCUUUUGAAAGGACCUCCUGAUCCAGAGCUUGUUAAAGAGAUGGCAACUUAUGAAGACCAGUGGAAUUUCAUACAGAAUAUGAUCUCAGAGAGGAAACUAUCCCUCCAUGAACCCUUCAGUAUUAUUGUCAGAGUCUGUGAUGGGCAAAGAGAAGGUCAUUUCUCUAAACGUUAUGACUUCUCUAGAUUUGAUUACUCUUACAUGCCGAUAGAAUCCAAGAACAAGACAUACUUAUUCUCUCAAGAUUCAUUGAUUAAGUUCCAGAAGAUGCCACGGCUGAGCAAGGUUGUGCCCAAGACUAUUGAUGGGUCACUGUUCCAGAAAAGGAUUACUGAUGACUUUAUUGAGAAGUUCUCGUUGACUCAGUUUACAACUGAUGAUAUAUAAUCUCCAUAAUUUUUCAAAAUUUAGAGUAA